UACUAGCUAACUGUGGGUAGUUAGUCUGCUACUAGCUAACUACCAACGGCCCUCUGGUGGUUGAACACACUUCGGAUAUCUCUUUUCUUUUUUGGAGUCAUUUUCCUAUCUACAAAGCACAACAGGCUUUAUUACUUCCAGUCGUGUUUAGUAACUCACCGUGACUCAGGCCGGCUCUCUUUCUGCAAGUUACGGUUCACGGUGUUUCUGACUCUUCAGCCAAUCACAUGACAGCAUCUUGUCUCUCGGGCUCGAGGGCGCGUUGGAAAACAUGGACAUCUUGUCCUUGCAGGCGUCUCUAAAGCCUCCUGCCUUCCUCCUGCUUGUCCCUGUGAUGGUGAUGAAGAUGAAGGUGAAUGUGUUGUUGUGGGUUGUGGCUCUGCUCGCAGUCUUCCUCCCCCGCUCUGCUGACUGUCGACCCGUCGACUCCCCCACUGGCCGCCGUUUGCUCCUCCCCCGGCCGCUGCUGCUGCACCUGGGGGAGGAGUUCUCCCUUCAGGUGGGUGGAGGGUCCUCCUCUGCUGCUGCUCUGGGCCUCCUCUCCUCAUCUUCAUCUUCCUCUCUGGGGGUGAACAGGCCUCAGGAGGAGCAGGAGGAGGCCGGGGAGAAGGGGAGGAGGUCCGAGGAGCCUCCCAUCUCUCUGGAUCUGACCUUCCACCUGCUCAGAGGUGUCCUGGAGAUGGCCCGAGCCGAGCAGAUCGCCCAGCAGGCCGACAGCAACCGCAAGAUGAUGGACACCUUCGGGAAGUAAUCAAUACAUGUUUCUGCUCCUCCCAACGGACUCCUCCAGGUCCUCCUGCAGGUUCUCCUGAAGGUCCUCCUCCAGGUCCUCCUGCAGGUCAGACUCGGUCUGACACUUCAACUGCUUUCAGUGUUCACAUGAAGAACUGAAAAACCUUCAAUUGGAAACCAAAGUAAAAUAAACAGCAUU